AGGAGACUCUGACUGUGCAGUAUCAACAUGGUUGGAUUUACCAAGAAGUCUGGACAGUCAUAUGGUUAAUAGGAAAUUGUCCUGUUCAUUUCUGAUCCGAGGUGUUUGAUAAGAGGCAGAACUAUGGAGUAUCCUCUGGUGUGGGUUCUCAUCCUGGUGCUGCUCAACUUCACUACAGAUGUCUCUGGCCAGGUGGUGGUUCCCUCGAUGAACCCCUUAGCUGUGGGCAGUAAUGUCACCCUGAACCUAGUUCCUCAAAGCCCCAUCAACAUAGGGACCUGGUCAUAUGAAACUACAACCAUCGUACUUUUCUAUCCUGGUGGCAGUAGUGUGGGUACAAGUUAUCGAGGCAGAGUCUUAUUCUCCUCCUCAGAGCUGUCCAUAAGCUCUCUCCAACUCAACGACUCAGGACGAUAUACCGUGCAGGGAAUGGAGCCAGUCCUGAAUGCUGUGGUUACUUUGUCUGUCCAGGAGCCCAUUUCAAACGUGACUCUAAGGGCCAACGACACUAAUCUAGUGGAAUUGAACGACACUGCCAUGUUCACCUGCUCCGUCUCCUCUGGCACCUCCCUCUCCUACCGCUGGAUGAAUGGCAGCUCAGAGGUCACAGCCAGUGACAGAGUUCGGCUUGGUGGUGGGUACAGCACUCUCACCAUAGUCAGUGUGACACGACAUGAUGAAGGGCCGUUCAGAUGUGAGAUCAUCAAUGGAAUCAGCAAUGGAACCAGCCAGCCCAUUGGCCUCAAUGUUAGAUAUGGCCCAAGUAACCUCACCAUGAUGGUAGUUCCUGAGAUGACCAUAGGACAUACAGCCUACAAGACGGGCUCUGACAUCACUCUGUCCUGCUCCGCUCAGUCCAAACCCGCUGAGUCCUACAAGUGGAGGUUUAAUGGGAUGUUCCUCAACGAGCAAAGCCCACAGCUCAGCCUGCAGAACACCAGAGAGAACCAGACAGGAAGUUAUGCCUGCUUAGCCUACAACAAUGUCACAAUCCAAUUUGCCAAUAUAAACACAAUGAUAAAGAUCGUGGAGCCGAUAUCAGCGGUUUCGUUGAACCGUGAUGGGAAGCCACCGAUACUGGAUCAGUUGUUCACUCUGCGGUGUGAGGUGACUGGACCUGUAAACUACAUUCACUGGCUGAUGAACGGCCAGCUCAUCUCCCUAAAUAACAGAACAUUCUUCUCUACGGUCAACAACACAAUGGUUAUCAACCCAAUCCAGUUGUCUGACAAUGGAGAAUAUCUCUGUGAGGCCUUUAAUGCUGUUAGCAACCUGACCAGCAUGACAUACAAGCUUGUGGUAAACUUUGGACCAGAGAGACCUGCUAUAACUACUCCGGAUAUAGCAAUGACAGGACACAUCGUGACCUUCAACUGCUCUGCCUCCUCUCAGCCUCUCAGCCAGUUCAGCUGGUUCUUCAAUGGAUCCCAGGUGGCGACAGGCACAGUGUAUGAGAUGGGCCCACUGACCUUAGCCAGUCAUGGGGAAUACACCUGUGUGGCCUUCAACAACAUCACUUGCAGAAACAGCACUGUCUCCAAGAUGCUCACUGUUGUUGCACCUGUGACCAUGACCAUGGUGAAAGUCAUUGGAGCCCAGCCAAUACUGAAGGAGAGAUUCUCUCUGACCUGUGGCACCGCUGGAACGGUUUACUCCAUUCAGUGGAUGAGGAACGGCUGGCCUCUGUAUGCUGACAACAGAACAGACUUCUCUAUGAACAACAAUACACUGACAUUCAACUCAUUACAGCAUUCUGACAACGGAGACUAUCAGUGUUCUGCCUCCAACCCCUUCAGCAACAUGACCAGCCCAUUCUACAAACUAAUCAUCAACUAUGGACCGGAGAUGCCUAUAAUAACAGGACCAGCAUUAGGAGAAACAGGACACAGCGUGACCUUCAACUGCUCUGCCUCCUCUCUGCCUCUCAGCCAGUUCAGCUGGUUCUUCAAUGGAUCCCAGGUGGCGACUGGCUCAGUGUAUGAGAUGGGCCCACUGACCUUAGCCUGUCAUGGGGAAUACACCUGUGUGGCCUUCAACAACAUCACUUGCAGAAACAGCACUGUCUCCAAGAUGCUCACUGUUGUUGCAACAGUGACCAUGACCAUGGUGAAAGUAAUUGGAGCCCAGCCAAUCCUGAACGAGAGAUUCUCUCUGACCUGUGGCACCGCUGGAACGGUUUACUCCAUUCAGUGGAUGAGGAACGGCUGGCCUCUGUAUGCUGACAACAGAACAGACUUCUCUAUGAACAACAAUACACUGACAUUCAACUCUGUCCAGCAUUCUGACAAAGGAGACUAUCAGUGUUCUGCUUCCAACCCCCUCAGCAACAUGACCAGCACAGAAUAUAGACUGAUCGUCAACUAUGGACCAGAGUUGCCUAUAAUAACAGGACCAGCAUUAGGAGAAACAGGACACAGCGUGACCUUCAACUGCUCUGCCUCCUCUCAGCCUCUCAGCCAGUUCAGCUGGUUCUUCAAUGGAUCCCAGGUGGCGACAGGCUCAGUGUAUGAGACUGGCCCACUGACCUUAGCCAGUCAUGGGGAAUACACCUGUGUGGCCUUCAACAACAUCACUUGCAGAAACAGCACUGUCUCAAACAUGCUCACUAUUGUUGCACCUGUGACCAUGACCAUGGUGAAAGUAAUUGGAGCCCAGCCAAUCCUGAACGAGAGAUUCUCUCUGACCUGUGGCACCGCUGGAACGGUUUACUCCAUUCAGUGGAUGAAGAACGGCUGGCCUCUGUUUGCUGAUAACAGAACAGACUUCUCUAUGAACAACAAUACACUGACAUUCAACUCUGUCCAGCAUUCUGACAACGGAGACUAUCAGUGUUCUGCCUCCAACCCCCUCAGCAACAUGACCAGCACAGAAUACAGACUGAUCGUCAACUAUGGACCGGAGAUGCCUAUAAUAACAGGACCAGCAUUAGGAGAAACAGGACACAGCGUGACCUUCAACUGCUCUGCCUCCUCUCAGCCUCUCAGCCAGUUCAGCUGGUUCUUCAAUGGAUCCCAGGUGGCGACAGGCUCAGUGUAUGAGACGGGCCCACUGACCUUAGCCAGUCAUGGGGAAUACACCUGUGUGGCCUUCAACAACAUCACUUGCAGAAAUAGCACUGUCUCAAACAUGCUCACUGUUGUUGCAACAGUGACCAUGACCAUGGUGAAAGUAAUUGGAGCCCAGCCAAUCCUGAACGAGAGAUUCUCUCUGACCUGUGGCACCGCUGGAACGGUUUACUCCAUUCAGUGGAUGAAGAACGGCUGGCCUCUGUAUGCUGACAACAGAACAGACUUCUCUAUGAACAACAAUACACUGACAUUCAACUCUGUCCAGCAUUCUGACAAAGGAGACUAUCAGUGUUCUGCUUCCAACCCCCUCAGCAACAUGACCAGCACAGAAAAUAGACUGAUCGUCAACUAUGGACCGGAGUUGCCUAUAAUAACAGGACCAGCAUUAGGAGAAACAGGACACAGCGUGACCUUCAACUGCUCUGCCUCCUCUCAGCCUCUCAGCCAGUUCAGCUGGUUCUUCAAUGGAUCCCAGGUGGCGACAGGCUCAGUGUAUGAGACUGGCCCACUGACCUUAGCCAGUCAUGGGGAAUACACCUGUGUGGCCUUCAACAACAUCACUUGCAGAAACAGCACUGUCUCAAACAUGCUCACUAUUGUUGCACCUGUGACCAUGACCAUGGUGAAAGUAAUUGGAGCCCAGCCAAUCCUGAACGAGAGAUUCUCUCUGACCUGUGGCACCGCUGGAACGGUUUACUCCAUUCAGUGGAUGAAGAACGGCUGGCCUCUGUUUGCUGAUAACAGAACAGACUUCUCUAUGAACAACAAUACACUGACAUUCAACUCUGUCCAGCAUUCUGACAACGGAGACUAUCAGUGUUCUGCCUCCAACCCCCUCAGCAACAUGACCAGCACAGAAUACAGACUGAUCGUCAACUAUGGACCGGAGUUGCCUAUAAUAACAGGACCAGCAUUAGGAGAAACAGGACACAGCGUGACCUUCAACUGCUCUGCCUCCUCUCAGCCUCUCAGCCAGUUCAGCUGGUUCUUCAAUGGAUCCCAGGUGGCGACAGGCUCAGUGUAUGAGACUGGCCCACUGACCUUAGCCAGUCAUGGGGAAUACACCUGUGUGGCCUUCAACAACAUCACUUGCAGAAACAGCACUGUCUCAAACAUGCUCACUAUUGUUGCACCUGUGACCAUGACCAUGGUGAAAGUAAUUGGAGCCCAGCCAAUCCUGAACGAGAGAUUCUCUCUGACCUGUGGCACCGCUGGAACGGUUUACUCCAUUCAGUGGAUGAAGAACGGCUGGCCUCUGUUUGCUGAUAACAGAACAGACUUCUCUAUGAACAACAAUACACUGACAUUCAACUCUGUCCAGCAUUCUGACAACGGAGACUAUCAGUGUUCUGCCUCCAACCCCCUCAGCAACAUGACCAGCACAGAAUACAGACUGAUCGUCAACUAUGGACCGGAGUUGCCUAUAAUAACAGGACCAGCAUUAGGAGAAACAGGACACAGCGUGACCUUCAACUGCUCUGCCUCCUCUCAGCCUCUCAGCCAGUUCAGCUGGUUCUUCAAUGGAUCCCAGGUGGCGACAGGCUCAGUGUAUGAGACUGGCCCACUGACCUUAGCCAGUCAUGGGGAAUACACCUGUGUGGCCUUCAACAACAUCACUUGCAGAAACAGCACUGUCUCAAACAUGCUCACUAUUGUUGCACCUGUGACCAUGACCAUGGUGAAAGUAAUUGGAGCCCAGCCAAUCCUGAACGAGAGAUUCUCUCUGACCUGUGGCACCGCUGGAACGGUUUACUCCAUUCAGUGGAUGAAGAACGGCUGGCCUCUGUUUGCUGAUAACAGAACAGACUUCUCUAUGAACAACAAUACACUGACAUUCAACUCUGUCCAGCAUUCUGACAACGGAGACUAUCAGUGUUCUGCCUCCAACCCCUCAGCAACAUGACCAGCACAGAAUACAGACUGAUCGUCAACUAUGGACCGGAGUUGCCUAUAAUAACAGGACCAGCAUUAGGAGAAACAGGACACAGCGUGACCUUCAACUGCUCUGCCUCCUCUCAGCCUCUCAGCCAGUUCAGCUGGUUCUUCAAUGGAUCCCAGGUGGCGACAGGCUCAGUGUAUGAGACUGGCCCACUGACCUUAGCCAGUCAUGGGGAAUACACCUGUGUGGCCUUCAACAACAUCACUUGCAGAAACAGCACUGUCUCAAACAUGCUCACUAUUGUUGCAACAGUGACCAUGACCAUGGUGAAAGUAAUUGGAGCCCAGCCAAUCCUGAACGAGAGAUUCUCUCUGACCUGUGGCACCGCUGGAACGGUUUACUCCAUUCAGUGGAUGAAGAACGGCUGGCCUCUGUUUGCUGACAACA